AUGGCCUUCACGAACGAGAAGCGAUGGCUAGCGGCCUUCAGGCUCGAUAGACUGGAAGAGAAAGCACCCGCAAUGAACUCAAUGGCUGCGUGGCCCACCAGCUCCGCCGCCAACUUCUCCAGACUCCCACAAGAGCCAGGAGUCAAGAUGAUCGUGACUCCUAAAGCUUAUUAUGCUACACAUGACACCAUGCCACCUCCAAACCAAGUGAUCCUGAUGACAUCCACGCAUAGUGUCAUGAGGGAGCAGUACCAAGCUGCAGACCGCAAAGUUUCUGGCAAAAGAGGGAACGGAGAGCAGAACUCGUCGAGUCCUCGGCCGCCGAAGCAGUUUCGACCUUGUGAGUGA